AUGUCAUCCACUGGAUUCAAACAGCUGCUCAUCAGAGAAGAGAGGGAUACAGAAAGAACCAUCGCAGAACCAAGAGAAGGUCAUGAAAACCCGUCAGGACUCAGCUUCACGGGGUCAACACUUCAACACUCAGCUUCAAUGAAACCUUACCUGCAGGAGAUGGACGAGUUACUGAAAGGCUGCGAAGAACUCACAGGUAUUCCCUUCAGCUCGUGCAGUUCGGUGGGUAACAGCGAAACAUCUACGAGUGAACUGAGCUGCAAUCGCAACAAAGAGGAGAUCAGAAUGGAGAGCUAUGGAUGUGCCUAUUCGUCCACUAGAUACAUCGACACACGUACUGAUGGGAUUGAAACAGAAGGUGAGACAAAAGGCCAAAGCUUGGUCAACCACAUCAACAGGUGUACAGUUGGUCAGCGCACAGAAAUGCCCCUCUCCUCAGCUGGCAACAAACUGAGGGCCAACAUGUUGGAGUAUGAGGACCAGUUAAUGGGGAUGUUAAACAUGCUGGAGAGCUGUAUGGAAGAGUCUGGCAUGGACUUUGAACCUGAAGAUAAAGGUCAAGAAUAUGUACACAUCAGUAAGAUACCUUAUCAUGUGAAGGGCACAACACCCGUGUCCUUUAAUCCACUAGAGCUGGAGACCCAGCCAGUGCUGCCUGAGCUCUGUUCCCAUGGAGGUAAUGUUUCAGACGAGAGCAGGGCCUGCUCUGAGAAGACGAGUGACCCCUCUGGGAAGAGACCAGAGAAACCAGAGGAGCAAGGUCACCUCAGAACAGAUCAGGGAUCUGGCCUGCAAGCUGAUGACACAGAACAAGAUCCAGCGUUCAGUGAGGAGAUAAAGUCAGGACGUACGUUUGAAGAAAGGGACGCUGAUGACAAAGAGCUGCCAACUGAAAAGGAGCGUGAUUUCAGCACAGAUCUGGGCUCUGACACGGAUGAAUUAAGAGCUUUGGGAUCUCGGAUGGAGGACUGCAUGGAGGAGGUGCAGCAGUUACAGAAUAAAAGGAAGCAGCUGCUGGUGGAGGUUCUGCAGCUGAGAGGAGAAAGAACCGAGGAGGAAGAGCAGACUGCGGAGUGGAUCAACAGCAGAGUUGUGUCCCUGAUGAACGUUCUCCAGAGAGAAGAGGAGGUAAGACGGGGGGUGAGGAAGAGGGACGUGUAUUGCCUCAGAGAGGAAAGAGCAGAGGAGGAGAAGAAGCUGUGGAAGGUGAACCUGGAGAGACAGGGCCUGCAGGAGGACAUCAGGAGGCUGAGGAGGAGGCUGUUCGCAGUGGCCAGAGACUGGACUUACAGCCAGGCUGCACUGAACAGUCAGCGUGGUGAGGUGGAGUUACUGAAGAGAGAAGAGGAGGCUUUGGACUCUCUGAUGCUCCAGCUGACAGCAGAGAGCGGUCAGUUCCGGUCUGCUCACCAGCAGCAGCUUUUAGGCCUGCAAGCGAAACUUCACACCAGGAGCUGCGGUCGGACCUCCAGCACUCAGGAGGAGCUGAGCGAGUGCAGGAGGCAGUCCUGCAGCAACAUCCAGCAGUAUCUGCAGGAGGAGCAGAAAGCUCUGGAGGACAGAUAUGGACCCAUGCUGGUGGCUUUGCUGAAGAGGAGAGAGGCGACCGCUGGCGCUCUGGUGAAAACAAAACAGCACGCCCAAGAGCUGAGGGCCCAGCUGAGGCCUCUGAGAGAAGAGGUCCACAAGCUGGAACUGAAGAGGGCUUGUUUAGAUGAGAAACUUCAACUUAUCGUCCUGCAGAGGCGGGAACAUGUGGGUCGCUACAAGGUGGAGGUGUUUCAUCUGGAGGAGCGCAGCAGAGAGCUGAAGACUGAGCUGGAGGUUCAGAAGAGAAAAAACAAAGAGAUGGAGGAGCUGAGGGAAAGCCUCACAAGGCAGCUUCUUCUUCACAGGUGGGGCACCAAGUAA